AUGCAAUCAGAACUUGAGAUUCAGGCAGUGAUAGGGUUCACAGGAAAAAUAAUUUAGGGGCUAGUUUUGCAUCCAGAUAACGAACAUGUUAUUUAUCCAUUAGGCUCAACCAUCGUAGUUAGACAUAUAAUUACUAGACAAUAAACAUUUUUAAGAGGACAUGAUAAUUAGAUCUCUGUGAUAACAGUUUCUCGAACUGGAGAUUAUGUUGCAUCUGGAUAAAAAACUUAUAUGGGAUUCUAAGCAGACAUUAUAAUAUGGGAUUUCAAAGAUAGAAGCAUGAUUCAUAGAUUGAAAUUACAUAAAGUGCUGAUUUAAUCACUCAGCUUUUCUUAUAAUGAAUUAUACUUGGCAUCAUUGGGAGGAAUUGAUGAUAAAAACAUGUUGAUUGUCUGGGAUAUCAAGGCUGGAAAGGCAUUGUAUGGAACUCCAAAUCGUGAUCCAGUCAAUUAAGUCUAAUUUUACAACUAAUCCGAUGAAAAAAUGAUAGCAGUUUUGAAUACUGGAGUUUAGAUCCUAACAAUAGACAGAUAAAAUAAAAAGAUUCAAUCCGUCGACGUGAGUUUUGGUAAUGUCAAGAGAACCUUUACUUGUGUUGCAAUAGAUAAAAACGAUAAAUUUUGUUAUUGCGGAACAAAAACUGGAGAUGUCUUUGAGAUUUAAAUGGAUAUGGCCAUUUAUAAGAGAUUGGCCCCAGUCAAGAAGUUGUUUUCUUAAGGAGUUAAUUGCUUGGGUUUAUUACAGAAUGGCGACAUAAUAGUUGGAGCUGGAGAUGGUAUGAUAGCCAAAGUGUCAUUUCAAACAAUGCAAAUAGUGGCAAGCAGUGAAUUGCUCGGAGGAGUGACAUCUAUUUCCUUCACAAAUGAUUAGACUCAUUUUUUCGCAGGAACACUUCAAAGCAAUAUUUAUUGGUUGGACACAGAAAAAUUGAUACCAGAAUUAAGAAAUACCUGCCAUUACGAAAGAAUUAAUGAUGUUGCUUUCCCUCAUAAUUAUUCAGACGUAUUUGCCACAAGUUCUUUGAAUGAUAUCAGAGUUUGGAAUGCUAAGAAUAGACAAGAGUUACUUAGAAUUUAAGUGCCAAAUCUUGAGUGCUGGGCUGUUGCUUUUAUGAAUGACGGUAAAAGUAUUGUUAGUGGUUGGAGUGAUGGAAAGAUCAGAGCCUUUUUACCACAAUCAGGUAGAUUGCUCUAUGUAAUUAAUGAUGCACACAUCCAUGGCUGUACAUCAUUGACUUGUACAUCGGAUUGCUAAAGAAUCAUUUCAGGAGGGUCUGAAGGAGAAGUAAGAGUAUGGGAAAUUGGAAAAUAAACUUAAGUUAUGAAAUCUUCCAUGAAAGAACAUAGAGGAAGAGUAUGGUCCAUUUAAGUCAGAAGAAACAAUGAGCAAGCAGUUAGUGCAAGUGCAGAUGGGUCUUGUAUUAUUUGGGACCUUAAAUCAUUCACCAGAGUCAUGUGUUUGUUUGAAAGUACUUUAUUCAAAAUGGUUUUGUAUCAUCCAGAAGAGAGUUAGUUAUUGACUACAGGAAGUGAUAGAAAAAUCACUUAUUGGGAAACCUUCGAUGGAUAAGCUAUCAGGAUGUUAGAUGGAUCUGAGGAAGGAGAAGUUAAUGCUUUGGCAAUUACUAAAGAAGGAGAGCAUUUUGUAUCAGGAGGAGAAGACAAGGAAGUCAAAUUAUGGGGAUAUGAUGAAGGAAUCUGCUAUUUUAAAGGUCAAGGCCAUUCAGGUACUAUAACACGAAUUACUAUAAGUCCUGAUUAGAAGACUAUUAUAUCAGUUGGGGCAGAAGGAGCCAUCUUUAUUUGGAAGAUGCCUGAAUCUGUUAUUAAUUCUAAAGCAUAAUAAGAAUUACCUACUGUUUAAAGUGUAAAAAAACAAAAUGAUAUUCAAUAAUAAUCUUAAUAAUAACAAUUAUAAUAAUCAGUGGCUAAAGAUGCUUAAUCAUAAAAAUCAAAUCAAAAUGCUAAAUCAGUCAAAUCAGGAACAAAAUCAUCAAAAAAAUGA